AUGUCAAUCCUUGAGACUGGAUUGGAUGAUCUGCUCUGUUUCAAUGAGCGCAAUGUGACUGAGGAUCCUGACUGGGCGGCUCUUGCAUCUUUUAAGUUCGACAGCAUUACUAUUCCAAUUAAGGAAUUCAAUAAAGAAGAAGGCUCCGGAGGUCCUCUAGACAAGUACUUCUCCUUACUCCCCCCCCCCUCCGUGAGUGAGCAAAAAAUUUUGUUCACUCACGGAGGGGGGUUAAUUUUUUUUUUGUUAAAAAAAUUUAUAUAUAAAAUUUAUAUAGAAAAUAUUUUUUUUCGAAAUUCAAAAAAAUCCUAAUUCGCAAAAAUUGGAAAACAAAAUAUUUAUUUAAUUUAUAAAAUUUAUGUUUUAAAAAGCAAUUUGUUUAAAAUUAAACAGAAUUAGCUCUAGAUUUCAUUAUAAUAAUUAUCACUUAUAUAUCAAAAAUUUUUCCAUAAACAAUUUUUCUAUUAAAAAAAUUUUUGUUCACUCACGGAGGUGGGUUUUUGGGCAAAAAAUAGCGAUUUUUCUAAUAGUUUUAUUCACUCACGGAGGGGGGGAGUUAGUUACUUUUCAGCCAGAAGUUUACAGCCACGCUAAAGAGCUUUCUAUACUCGAAUGGCAAAAACAGCUGGACUCUCUUACUCAAGAUACUCACUCAGAAAUUUCCUUAUUCUAUUCACGCUUGCUCAACCUUUACGGAACAAUUAGCAAUGAAUCUCAGCUCAUUAGAGGAAAUGUCCACUCUAAGCCAACUGAUGACGAAUUUGUUGAUCUGACCAAAGGUAUCGCAAUGCAACCAUGGCAAACCAGCAGCUUGCCGGGUACUGAUCCUUCAUCAUGGCCAUAUGGCUUGCCAGAACUUCUAGAAAAGCUAAAACAGCUCCCGCCACUCGCUUUGUGGCUUGAACCUUUUGAUCUUAGCAUGAAAUUUAUCGAAAAAGCUAAAGCAUUUAUUCAGAAAUACCAUGAAGACGCAAAGCUUGUCAAUAUGGCUCUGCAGGCCUUAUUAAUUUUCGGAUUUUUAUCAGGAAAUGGCACAAGGCUGGCAAGCUCUCUAUUUGAGGUCUGGAGUUAUUGCUCGACCCAUGAAACCAGUGAGGAAUUUGUAGGGGCUUUAUCAGAAGCAAUUGCUCCUCAUAUAAGUAUGAUUAAAGCAAUUUUAAACUAUGAAAAACCUGUUCAUGGCGUCAAACCAGGAUCAAUGAUGGGCAGAUUUUCAGCUGCUCACAACUCAGUGUUUCAGAAAAACCAAAAUUGCUGGAAUACGUCAAUAACCACUGAUGGAGAAUAUAUAUAUCUAUUUAUUGGCACCCAAGGAGGUGGGAAAUUCAAAAUAGGCACAGGUGAAAAUGGAACUGUGUGUGGAAAAGUUUAUCUUUACCAGGCAUCUGAAAGACCUGAAGAAGCUUUGUGGGUCUAUUGCAAAGGAAAACUUUAUAUGAGAUCAAGCUUCAAAGAAACUGGAGUGCUGCAAAUUAUAUGUCCAAAUACUUUUAAAAUUGAAGGAUUGCUGCAGCUAUUUUGCACUGAUAUUUUUGGAAAUGCUUCUAAACAGGCUUUUAAUAAAUAUUAUCCUUUGCUUUCUGACGGAGAAUCUUUAUUUGUAGUUGGAAUGAAAUUUGAGACUAUAGCUAAGCCAGAAGAAGAGGAAAAGAAAGAUGAUGCCAAGAAAAAAGAUGACCCUAAUAUAUGCAAAUUUGUACUUUAUAAGUUUGAUGUCUCUCAUUUGCAAUCUUAUACGAAGCCUCAACAAGAGCCUAGUGAACUUGCUAAAGAACUGCAUGAAGGGUUUUCUGGGUAUUUUUCUAUAUAUGAAUGUCAAAGAGCUUUAGCGAUCCAUAAUGAUGAUAUUGAAAGCGCUGCUAAUUGGCUUGUGGAAAAUGGAGAUAACGAAAGAGGCAAAAAAAUCGUGACAAGCACUCAAAGCACGCUUUUAUGUGAAGCUGAUGUUAUUUCUUAUACUAUUGGGAAAAUGCAAAAACCUGAAGUUUCAUUAAAAUCUGAUACAAUUUUGACUCCUGAUUUAGUGUCUAGAGGCAACUGGACUAUGAGCAAGGAACAAAUCGCCCUUCAUUUCCUUAACCCAGAUGGUGGUUCUGCAACCUCACGUAUAUUUUCUGUUUCUCCUAAUGAUGUAAAACUUCUCCCAACUGAUGCUCACAUAUUGCCUAAUACAACCAAUCAAGUAGCUGAACUUAAACAAGACGAAAACUUCUGGAACAGAUACAAGAACCAAGAAAAACCUUUGCAUACCCACAAAGGAUCUCAUAUCAUUAAUAAAGACUGUGAUAAAGCAUUUGCUAUGGACACUGCUACUUGCUAUGAUACUAUCAACCAAAAAUUCUAUACAUCUGUUCUUAACUAUGCCAAUGGGGUGCAUUUUAUUGCUUAUGCAGACCAAACCUCUUUAAAAGAAAGAAUUUUGCUGAAAAACUACGAUUUAGGAGGAAGGCCAUAUGAAGCUUUUGUUGCUGAAGGGCUUCAAAUUAUUCAAGAAUGUGAAGCUAAUAGGUUUACUUUACCGUGGAAAUGGCUGAGAUGGACGACUAUGUAUUCGAGAAUCAUCAGUAAAUAUACCAAAUAUUUAAGAGGAUUAACAGACAAUGAAAAAAUUUCUGCUGCCCAAAAAAUCAUUGAAAAAAUGCAAAUGAGACUAGAAAAGCUUAAAGCUGUUGAAGAAAUGGCAAUUGCGAGAAGUUUGGGGUUAAAGCCUAUCAAUGAAAAUACCAAAAGGAAAAAAGGAGAGACCUUCAUGAUUUUGUUGAAUGAUAAGAUGAAAAACUUGUGUAUUGAGUAAGCAUAAUAGCUAUGGCGUAUCGGCCAGGCAUCAUCAACAUAUAUUUAAUUGCAUCCGGCAAGGUUGACAAUCUAGAAAUUGGCAGCAAUGCUAGGUAAGCAUAUUAGGAAGCGAUCUAAGGCUAGCCCAAAUCCAUUUUCAGGAUUGGAUUUUACCUCAUGGAAAUGAAAUGCUAGGAAUUAGAAAGGGAAAGCUCAGCUGUGUCUUUUGACAAUUCGGACAAUUCAUCAGGGUGAAACUAGACCGACAGUCGGCCUGAAAUUCCAUUUUUUGGGAAUUUUUCUGCAAGCAACCCAUGUCAAGGCUUGAGAACUCUGGAAGAAUAGCUGUGAACAUCGUUCUUGUGUAUUGGAGCAAGCAAAAGAUAAGCCAACAGUUGUCAUCGAUAAUAGUAAAGAGGCUUUAUUUUGUCUAGAAAGUUCUUCAAUUACUCUUGAAUUUUUGCUAAAUGUUAUAGAAUCUGAAGGAAAAGCUACAAAUGCAGCAUUGCAUUUAUUAUUUUUAUGGGUAAGCCAUUCCAGACCUUCACUAAUAAAACCUGAAAUAGUUGCAAGGCUAGAAAAUGUUAUCAUCAGUGCUUUAUCCCGUGGAGACCAAGAAUUCCAGCAUCUUGCAUGGAAGAUUCUAAUUAUUGGUUGGGAGCUUAUAUGCUCAUCUAAAGAAAAAGAGAUCCAAUGGUUUAAAAACAUCUUAGAAGCUUCGUGGCUUGGUCAAACCCAGCUCGGUCUAUCUGGCUCUAUUUGCAGACUGGCAGUCCGGCAGCCCAAUAGUUCUGCGGUUAGACUCUAUCUAGCUCUACCUACUAGCUCUAUCUGGUAGCUUGAAAGUAUGGCUCUAUCUAGCAGUCUCGCCCUACCUGGGAGUCUGGCUCGUCCUGGCAGUAUGGCAGUCCAGCUCUUCCUGGCAGUCUGGCUCUACCUUAAGCUCUAUAUUCGAUAUUAAUAGUGUUUUGUUGUAAUAUUCAUUUAAUAUUAAAUCAAAAAUAUUAUCUUUAGCUAAAAUUAUUUAUUUACUUGCUUAUGCAUUGUUUUUAUAAAUUUCUCCAUAAUUUUAUAAUAAAUAAUCUUAAUAGUAGUAGAGGUUAGCUUAGGUUGUUAAAGUUAGGCGUUAGCCAUAUUGACUCCCGUACGCGAGGUUCUACCGCUUUUCGACUCCAGCCCAGAAGGUCUAUCCCUCAUAUAAGUGCCCUUUCGGUACCUUCUGUCUCCUCCUUACCUUGCGGCUUCAGUUUUGAGUGGGUGGCUUAUGGAUUUCUGCAGCCUUGUUACGGGCGAAUGAAGUAACUUGAUUCCAAGGAUCGCUUCUUGGAGUCUAUCAGGUUCCUAAGUGCCUUCCUUCGACAGCUAUAUGAAAAAAGACUACUCUCGUGUGGCCUGGGCCGGAAGCCCCAGUUUUUGGUAGAGGAAUGCCUAUAGGUCCCAUUUUAAUGCAUGUUUUAGGUUAGGCUAGGUUAUAAGCAGUGGAGGUAUAUAGAGAAUAAAUGAUAUAAAUAAAAGGGGAAUUUUAAUUAUCAAUUUACGUCUCUUUUACACUUAGAAACAAAUAUCGAUGCACAAAAACUAAAUUAUAUGCUGAAAACCAAUAUAAAUGCUAAAAAAACCUAAUAGAGAAAUUUUCGGAUGAUCUGAUAUAUUUAUUGCUCAAUUUGUCAUUAAUAAAUAAAUCCAUUAAAAUUCUUAUUUUAAAUUUUAUUAUAAAGUUUAUCUUUAAAAUAAUUUGUUUAGUAUAGGGGGUAUAUGUGAUGGUAAACCUCUCAAAUAAUUUUUCGACUAAUAUUUUACAAGACUCUAUUUUUUAACGUUAAUUCAGUUGACAUUUAAUAUUAUUUACUAAUUAUGAUAUUAAAACAAAUUCAAUCUUUUUCUCUUAUUUCCCAUUUAGAUUUUAUCUUUCUAUUUUUAGCUAUAUUAGUAAUUUUGUGAGCUAAAUAGUAGCAUGCUAGUUUAAUUAAAGUUUUUUAUAAUAUAUAAAAUUCUAUAUAAAUGAAUUUCUCAGAAAAUAUUAAAAUUGAUGACAUUUUAAAGAAGCAGUGCAUGCUUUACUUAGAGCAUAAGAGAUUUAAAUUAAUUGAGCUUUUAAUUAAUAGAAUCAAAGUUAUUUAAAGUGUUUACGAAUACUUAAAUUGCUUUAAAAAAUUUUUACUAUUGUAAGAAUUAAUUAAAUUUAAGCUCAAAAUGCGAAAUAAGCCUCUUCUUUUGCACGUCUAUAAUUUCUUUCUAAGCAUUUAUAUCUUUAUUUUAAAUAUAAUUUUAAAAGUAUUUAACAAAAUAUAUUAUUUUAAACAUUUUAAAAUGCAUUUGAUGAUAAAAUAACUUUUAUUUUAUGAUUAAAGUUUUUGAUGGAAUCAUAGUAAUUUAUUAUGAUUUUGUUCACUAUUAUGAUAAUAAUACGUUAUUUUUGAGAGUUAAAUCCUCUUUCACAAUUUACUAGCAGUUUGUUCCUUUAUAAAUCACUGAAUUGCGUUGUAGACUUUACAAAAUUAUAUAUUGACAGUAAUGCAAUAUAGAUAUAGGUCUUUCAAAAUAUAAUUUUCUGAAAUAUUUUCUAUCACAGUCCAUUAUAUUUUUAUCUAAUAUAUCAUUAGCACAAUUAAUUAAAUUAUUACUUCAAAACCUAGGAAAUUUAUUUUGAUAGAGCCAGGAGAACCAGGUAGGGCCGGAGCUAGAGCCAGACUGCCAGAUAGAGCCAGGCUGCCAAUAGAGCUAGAUAGAACUCGCCAGGUUUGACCAGUGGCUUGCUUCACCUCCUGCUCCUGUUUUAUUCCGCAAAGAUUCUUUCUUAUACAAUGUUAAGCAAAUCUCAAAAACAAUUAGCAGCUCAAUGCUUUAUAACAGCUGUGAGGAUCCAUUGAUUUUAUGGUACUUGAAAAAUGUUUAUGGUCCCUCGUCAUUCAUCAUAGAAAAAUCUUACAAUUCUUUAUUUAAAGAGAAUAUCACUGUUCUAGUAGAUAAACAAGGAAAUGAAUCAAAUUUGGCAACUGCUUCUUGUGUUUCUUUCCAGACUGGAGAUGCAAUUAUUCCAGAAGUUAAAAGAGGAACUUUAGGGCACUUGCUGGAAAGCAUUUGGGGACUGUUUGAAAAAGGGCUAAUGAGUUCAAUAUCAGAUCCUUCCUCAGUGGAGACACAAGUUUUAUUUGAAAUACUUCUCUAUCUUGUAAAAGAUGCAACUGCAGACAAUAUAAAUUACGCUGAGCAGCUUUCAAAAUUAAUUAACGUUGUGCUUGAUAAAUUCAUUUCAAUUAUUGGUGACAGAAUAACUACACUAUACACUAAAUGGCUUAACUGGAUCCGGAUUCUCAUAGUAUCUUGCAUCAAUCUUGCUUACAAGAACCAAUCACAGCAUAUUCUCAGAAACCUCAUCCAAAUAAUUGCCAAAGUAAAAAAGCUUUUCUUAGUCGAGGAAACAAACCUUUUAACAUCCCUCUGUAAUAGCUUCUAUGUUGGCGCUGAUAUUGCCCAAGAAAAAAUCUUCGAGACGAGUCAUCCAUAUCAAAGAGGAAAACAACAAAUAAAUGAGACCAUCAGUUUCCCAGGUGCUAUAGCAAUCUGCAUUGAACUAGACCCUAGAAGCCAAACUGAUAACUUGCAUGAUUGUUUAUGGCUCAGCUGCCCUGAAAAUUAUGCUGGAUUUAACAAUUUCAAUGGUGAAAUUUUUUCUACUUCAUUUAAACUGUCAGGAAAAAUCAAUAUAAGCCAUCAGCUGUAUUUACAAGGAGACCAAGUGCAUAUAGAAUUUAACGCAGCUGGACAGCAUAGAGAAGAAUCAAAUAGCUCUAGGUGGGGAUUUAGGAUAAGAAUUAAGCCGAUCUAUGGAGAGCCAUGGCUUUUUGUAAACGAUAACAACAGUUUGUCAUUAUUAAGCAAGAUUGCGAUAAAAUUCGGAGGAGAAACUGCUUUAAUCCAAUGGGUUUCGUUAUUAAAUUUAUUGUCUGCUGCAGUUUCAACAAGCAUUGAAGACUAUUUUACCAAAAUACAAGAUAUCCAAGAGUCAGAGCUGUUAAAAUGGCAAAUAUUCAAAGGUGGACUUGCAGAUAUUAAUAUUGAUGAAUAUUUAUCAAAAGAAAAUGGAAUCUGGGUUUAUGAGCCAAAAGAUGUAAAAGAAAACGAAAUGAAUGAAUUAAAUAUUGAGAGCCUAAUGAAAACUCUUCCAGCUGCUCAUUCUGAUGAGCUAAAAGCUUUAAAUGAUGGGAACAGUUUUAUUUAUAGCUUGCUAGACAAAGUAAGAAAACUCCAAGCUCGGCCUAUUACUUAUAAUGCAGAAAAGCACAGAAAAUCUUUUACAGCCCAAAUAGAAUUUUAUUGGAAACAAAUUGAAGCUCUUACUCUUUAUACAAUGCUGUAUCAUACUCAGCAUUUAAAUAGCAUGAAAGAAUGGAUAGAAAAUCCUUCAGAUUUUUCACUAAGGCAUGAUGAAGGCUACAUUCAAGAGCAGCUGAAAGCUUAUGGAAAAAGACUUAAUGAAUUUUUGACUUGGCUAUUAAAAACUCUCCAGCAGGAAAAGGAAAAGCAGCAAGCUUUAGAUGAAAUUAGAACUAAAAAAGCAGAAAAGCUAGAGGAAAAAAUGCAGAAACAGCAGCAGCAAGAAUUGAUGGAAGAAGAGAAGAAGGUGCAGGCGCCUCCCAAAAAGAAAAAAGGCAAAAAACCGAACGUGAAAAGACUUUCUUUAUCUAAACCUCAAAAGGUUACCAAAAAAGAAAUAAAGCCAGUUGCUAAGCCAGAAAUAAAAUUAGAUGAAAGCGACAAAGAGCAAAUUUAUAAAGCAUUUGCUGAUAGAUUUUUAGGCAAUGCUGAGCUGAUUAAGGCUUUAUGCAAAUCUCUUUUAAUACAAUUUACAGAAGAUCAAAAAUGUUUAAGAGAAAUUUAUGAUAAGCUUUAUGACAAACAAGAAAAUUUCCCAAACCCAUAUAUGGAUUUAGCUGAAAAAGUUCAUAUCAGACUUUUGAUAUUGCUUAGAUUUGCAUCCUUCCAAGCCGAAACAAAUGAUUCUGAAGUCGCCUUACUCUCUCUUUAAUAACGUCAACUUCUUAUAUGCUACCCAAUGAAAAUUGAUUUUUAUAUUGUGAAAAAUUUAGAAGAUAAAACUAAAAUUAAUCUUUUUUGAUUAAUUUAUUUAAUAAAAAAACUUAAGGGAUUUCUAUAAAAACAAAUUUAUUUUCUUUAAAUGAUGCUAAUAAAAUAUAAUUUAAUUACAAAUCUAAAAUAUUUACUGUGAAAUAGGGUUAGAAGAAAUGCCACAUCUGAAGAGAGCUGCGACUUCUUAUUCUCAUGAAGAUGAAAUGAAAAUCGAAGAAAUGAGAAAAUGGGUCAAUUCCUACAAAAAGUGGAAGCUUUGGCAGCAGCCAGGAGAAACCGAAGGCAACUUCCACUCCCCAGAAAGUUCUCCUCUCCAAGCAAUCUGUGUGUUUAUCACAAGCUCAUCAAUUCCUAACGAUUUCUUAUCUCAAGCUAAGCAGCAUUUUAUAAGAGCUGCGAAAAGAUUGAUAGGCAUGCAAUAUUUAUCAGAAUUUCUAUCAGCAACCAGAAGAACUCCAUUUUUGAGAAUGAGUCUUGGCCUAAUGUGCACACCAAAUCUCUUUAUAGGAGCUGAAUGCUGCGGAAGAGCUUUAGCAGGACACUUAAAUGAACAAGGAAAUAAAGUUUUUGGAUUAAUGUCUCAAGCCUUAAGCUACGUCACAGAAAGUGUUAAAAUUACUAGAGAUCCAUCAAAGCGAUUUUCAACAAACCUGAAAAAAGAGUCAAAAUUCAUAUCCCCGCAAUUCCAAUACAGUGAACACUACAUAAACCAGCAAAUGAGACUGUUGGCUUCAUUAUUGCAUGACUGCUAUUUAUUGACGAAAUAUAAUGAUUCUCGAGACACUAUACUAAAAAGCACUUCUUAUGAUGUUUUAUUGAUUUCUUUGCUAGAGUCUAUGCUGGUUGCAAGCAGUAUUUCUCAUAAUCGGUUUGCUCGCGUCGUUGUGUCAGGCUCUAAGUUAACAUUAUUCAGUUUAAUAAAAGCUUCUAAAGACUCUCCGUCAUAUGAGAUAAAGCAUGCUCUCCAGCAAGACUUAAUAUCAAUAAUUCUUCAAUAUCUCCAAAAAGAAAUCCAAUCAGAACCUUCUAAUGAAAACUCUUUAAGACUAGAAAUUUUAUUACUCCCCCCCUCCGUGAGUGAACAAAACCAUUAGAAAAAUCGCUAUUUUUUGCCCAAAAACCCCACCCUCCGUGAGUGAACAAAAAUUUUUUUAAUAGAAAAAUUUUUAUGGAAAAAAGUUUUAAUAUAUAAAUGAUAAUUAGUAUAAUGAAAUAUAGAGCUAAUUCUGUUUAAUUUUAAACAAAUUGCUUUUUAAAACAUAAAUUUUGCAAAUUGAAUUAAUAUUUGCUUUCCAAUUUUUGCGAAAUUAGGAUUUUUUUAAAUUUCGAAAAAAAAAUUUUUUAUAAAAUUUAUAUAUAAAUUUUUUUUAAAAAAAAAAAUUAAACCCCCCUCCGUGAGUGAACAAAAUUUUUUUUUGCUCACUCACGGAGGGGGGGGAGUUAGGAAUCACCUAUGAAAUUAUAUCAACCUGUGGGAUUCACAAAUCAGAGGACAAAAUCAAGCUUUCAAGGUGUCUUUCUGAGAUGCUUCUAAAGCAAUCUAUACCAACUCUUAUAAGAAUGGCUUCUAGAAUAGCAAAACAGAUAUGACUUGAUGUAGAUCCAGCUGAAAUUAAUAGUAACUUUGUUGAAGAAUUACUCAGAGUAAUCGGAUCUUAUUCAUCACUUCAUCUAAAAGAAGAGAAAAACCAAGAUCUCAAAUAUGCCGUCCUUUUGCAUACCUCUACAGGUGAAGAAGACCUUGGAUUUUUAUUCCAGGUUUUAUUAGACUGGGAAGAAAAAUACCCAACUUAUAAAUACCUUAAUUCACAAGGUGAUGACGAAAACGCAGUUUUAGCUGAAAAUGAAGCAAGCAUGCUUGAAGAAUUUGUAAAUCCAUCAUAUCUUGGAAUACCUCAAGAAAUAGAAAAAGGAAAGGAUGUGCCAAUGUAUUACAGAUUUUUAAGUGCUGAUAGUGGAAGGGGUGCAAGAAGAAAAGCUGGAAAAAGAGGAGGCAAAAAUCAACCUGCAAAAAAGGCGGCAGGAAAAAGAACUGUUGGGUCAGGGCUGUCGUUAUCAAAGAUGGAAAAAGUUUUUGAUGAAGCUAAUAAAGCAUUUGAAGAUGUAAAGGAAAAUGAUACUCCAGAAGAGAGAGAAAGAAAAAUAAAAGAAAAAGCAUUUAUUAAGAAAAUCAAGUACUUCUUGAAAGAAGCUCAACAAGUAGCUGCUGGGCUAUUAGCUAAAGGAGUAAGCCAAAUUGGAGAGCCAAUCUCAUUAGAACAAGCUCAAGAGCUAGUAAAUAUUAUUCAAGAGCAUCAAAUAAACAUGUUUGUCGAUACCAAAACAAAACUCCCUAUCCUUCCUAUAAAUCCUCAUGCCAAAGUUCCUACAGAAAAGCCAGAAAGAGAAGAAUUUAAGCCAAAGCGCCAAAUUUUAGCCUCAAUCUGUGAUGCCUACGUUGCUCAAAAAAUUGAUUUUGUGAUGGAAUCAGGAUCUUCAUUGCCUGCUCUCAAAUCUUCAGAAAAAUUGACUGGGAUUGUAACUGGUGCUUAUUCUCAUACUUUACUGCAAAAACCAAUCAAGCCAGGCGGUUCUUACUCUCUCUGCAUUUUAGAGCUCAUUGAUCUUCUUUAUUCAUUAUUAGAAGUUAAAUCAUGGAAAAAUAGCUUAAAAUCAAAAGUGCUAGAAGUCGUUAUGCAGCUAAAAGACACUCAUAUGAUAAAUGAUUUUGUAUUGGGUGGCUUAGUUGUGGCUGGAGGAUGGAACGAUUAUAGAACUUUCUCUUCAAUAGCGCGAUAAGGCGCAUUCCUAGGUUUUACCGGAGGGUCUUGGACAUACGAAAACCUGCUAUUCCUUAUUCAUGGGGGAGACAAACAGCCUAAAUAAAGAAUUGUGCCUUAUUAAUCUCGAGAACUUGAAGAGAGGCUGUGUGGAAAAUUUAUAUUUUGGUUCGUCAAAUGGAUCUGACGAGCCAAUUCUGGCCAGUACUUGAAAUAAAAAAUGAUAGUUAUUUUAUUAAUUUUCUGAUGAAGAGCAUGAUCAGAAUUUUAAUAAUUCCUUUUGACAAUAAAAUUCAAAAUUCAAACUUUUAAUAGAAGAUUUGAAGAGAUAAUUAAAUCGUUAAAAUAAGGUAAUGAAUACUCUUUACUGCCUUAGGGAGAAGAUGCCAGUAAUGAUUUUUAAAUUUUGACUUUUUUCAUAGUGACUUAACCAUCUUAAUAAUUUUUUAAUUUUUUAAAAAAAUCCAAACUUUUAAUAGAAGAUUUGAAGAGAUAAUUAAAGCAUAAAGUAACGUAAUGAAUACUCUUUACUGCCUUUAGGGAGACGAUGCCAGUAAUGAUUUUUAUAAUUUGACUUUUUUCAUAGUGACUUAACCAUCUUAAUAAUAUUUUAAUUUUUUAAAAAUCCAAACUUUUAAUAGAAGAUUUGAAGAGAUAAUUAAAGCAUAAAGUAAAUGUUAUGAGUACUGUUUACUGCCUUAGGGAGACGAUGCCAGUAAUGAUUUUUAAAUUUUGACUUUUUCAUAGUGAUUUAACCAUCUUAAUAAUUUUUUAAUUUUUUAAAAAUUGAAACUUUUAAUAGAAGAUUUAAAGAGAUAAUUAAAGCAUAAAGUAAACGUAAUGAUUACUCUUUACUGCCUAAGGGAGACGAUGUAGUAAUGAUUUUUAUAAUUUGAAUUUUUCAUAUUGACUUAAUUAAUUACUUGAUCCUGUGCCAUUUAUUAAAAAUUCUGGUCAUACUCUUCAUCAGAAAAUUAAUAAAAUAACUAUCAUUUUUUAUUUCAAGUACUGGCCAGAAUUGGCUCGUCAGAUCCAUUUGACGAACCAAAAUAUAAAUUUUCCACACAGCCUCUCUUCAAGUUCUCGAGAUUAAUAAGGCACAAUUCUUUAUUUAGGCUGUUUGCCUCCCCCAUGAAUAAGGAAUAGCAGGUUUUCGUAUGUCCAAGACCCUCCGGUAAACCCUAGGGAAUGCGCCUUAUCGCUCUAUUGAAGAGAAAGUUCUAUAUAUUAGACCAGGAACUGUGGUGCUAGCAGAUAUGAAUAAUACUAAAGUCCGUGGCGUUGUGCUGCAAGGAGGAUAUGACAGCGGAUUUAAGAGUUCUGCAGUGAUUUUCGAAGAUGACAGCCAUUUCCAGGUUCAUUAUUUGUCGCUGAGUGAAAUACAAUCAGCAAGACUUAUUCCAGAGCCAGAAAAGCUUGGUUUAACUCCUAAAAUGCUUGCUCAAGCUUUGAUUGACUUUCAAGGCAAUUCUGCAUGGCAUUUGACAGCCAAACGACAAAUUUUGAAGAUUUGUUGCGAGGUUGACUGAAGCAGCUGGAUUCAAUCUGAUGACCAACAAGUUCCUGAAUUCAUGAAAAUCAUCAGUGAAUUAUCCAAAGACUGCCCAACAGAUAAACCUUCAUAUUUCUGGGAAAGGAAAUUCUUGCAAGCUUGGGAAGUUCUGUCUACAAGUGAUCCAGUUUUAUUCACAACCCCAAUCAGAGAAACUGAGGAGCUUUCAUCUGAGGCAUUUCUGUUGAAAAAUGAAAACGAAGCUGAUGAUGGUAUCUCUGGCUACACCCUACCAAUUUCUUCUAAUUUAAUGUUCCAGCCACAUCUAGCAGGAUACACAACAGACCAAACUAACUUUAAAAUGAUGAAAUAUUGGGAAAAAUACAUCAUUGCAAGGAUUCAAGAUUAUGUGAGGUCUUCAUUCAAAGCGUUUGAAAUGGAAUUUUAUUUUGAGCAGCUAAGACAACCACUCAGACUUGGCAAUCAACAUCAUGCUUCAGAAAUUGCUUAUGUUCUAUGCGAUCAGCGUUUACCGUCUGGAAUUGUUCUACCUGACCCUAAACAUGACUGGAGCUCACUUAUGUUCGACGAAACUUCUGUUGGAAAAUGGGGAAUUGCCAAAAUCAAAGAGAAAACCUUACAACAAGUUGAUAAUACUCUUAUAAGAAGAAUGUUCGAGCAAGGAAUAACUCAAUUCCCAGUCAUUAUUCGAGCUGUAGAUAUAAGAGCUGCUUGCCUAUUAGUAGAAUUUAUUGAUAUUGAAAGACUUGAGCUCCAUAUGUGCUGGCUUCCGGUUUCUGUUAUCUAUCCACCUGAAGUCAAUGUAUCCCCUAUCCCUAGCGCCAAAAAACUUCAAGAUGUUUUCAAUGACUAUAACUCAAAACUAACUGGAAUUGCAGCUAGAGAAACCCUAUUGAAAUGUAUGAGUGGGAUUGAAAAAGGACUGAUUGGAAUCAUUGAUAUGAUAAAAUUAGCUGUCUGGGAAGAACUAAGUGAAGACCGAAUUGAAGGCUGGAAACUGUAUAGGCCUGACUUUGUAUUGCCGAAUACCAUAAAAUCCAGCCAUCAUUUUAACCAGUAUGAUAAACGACAGCAUUUGCCUCAUCUUUAUUAUAUAGAAGAGAAAUUAAUCCCAAAUAAAGAGCCAGACCUUGUAGAAUGGGCUGUCAUCACUUGGCAUCAACUCUCAGAACUUAUUUCAGAAACCUCUAGAAAUGUGGAUAUUGUAGAAGUUGCAACUGCAAUAAUGGGAAAUCAGCAGCCACUUCCAAGUACCCCUGAAAAUAUUCUUGCAGAAGGCAGUUUAGAGAAGAAAUUAUUCCCUCUUCAUUCUAGUGAGACCAAUUUUGCUGGGCUUGUUUUGUGUUUCCGCCAAGAAACUUUCUUAUGCUCUAACUCUGCAAUUCUCUUUUAUUCUGAUCCACAAGGCACUGACUUAAUUUAUGAGAUAAGAGCUGGAAGACAAGGAAUGAAUAAUAUUCCUCCUAUUGUUUUCAAAACAGGAAAGGUAUGGUGCACUUAUUUCACUUUCAUUGAUAUAAAAUGCUCUCCAUUUACAAGCAGCUUCUCGGGGCCAAGUAUCGUAAAAUGCAAGGUUUAUGGAAUCCCAGUCGAAUGGACAUCAGUGUCAUGGAUAACUGAAACAGUUUCUGCAAGCCUCUGUCAGAGCCCUAAUCCAGAUAAUAUUUCUUUAAUGCAUUCUUUGGUAGAUGCUAUGUGCGAGUUUUUAACUUAUUCACGAUCGCCAAGUUCUCUAAGACAAAUCAUUUUCAGAAUGCUUAUAAGACUCCUGGCUCUCCUCUCCGUUAGCGAAUAAAGAAUUUUGUUCGCUCACAGAGGGCUAAUUUCUUUUUUUUUAAAAAUUUAUAUAAUUUUUUUUUCUAAAUGCAAAAAUUGGAAGAAAAAAUAUUUAUUUAAUGAUAAAAUUUAUGUUUUAAAAUGCAAGCUAUUUAAAAUUAAACAGAAUAAGCAAGAGAUUUCAUUAUACUAAUUCUCACGGAGGGUGAGUUUUUUGGCAAAAUGUAGGGAUUUUUCUAAUGGUUUGUUCACUCACAGAGUGAGGGAGUGAGAAGGCUCAGAUAUAUGAACAGCAUACACCCACAAGGCCUUGGAAUUAAAGAAGACUGGCUAAUAAGUUUGAAUGAAGAGAUGAAAAUGUGGAAAAGCAAAGAAAACAGUUCAGGAGCUCUUUAUUCAUCAUAUAUCCAAGAUGGUGUCGAGCUUAUAAAUUCAGCAUUGCUCCCAUGGGAUGUAAAAGAGCAAGUCCAUAAUAAGCUGUUUGUAGAAACUCCAGACUGAAUGCAAGCUAUGUUUAAAUCGAUGAUUUUCCUGCACUAUUUCAGACAUGAAGGAAGCCUCAUUUCUGAGUUGGAAGAAGAAGCAAAAUCUCUUUUAUCUCACAAUCAAUGGGAAACUAUAAUUAUUUUGGACAAUCUGGCUGAAGAAAAGCGAUCAAAAGUCUAUGAUAUUUUAAGCCAAUAUAAGCUUAGAAUCAUAAAUAAAGACCUUGAUGUACAAUUUGUCGAAAAUAAAUGCGUCAUUUUUGCUGAUGGAUAUAAUCUACAAUAUUAUCAAGAAACCGAAUUUGGUGAAGAAGAGAAAAAAGACGUCCCUGAAGAAGACGCAAAAGAGCCUGAAACCUAUCAGUGCAGCCAAUGCACCUUUGAAAAUCCUAUUAGCAACACUGUCUGUGAAAUUUGUGGAAAUCCUAAGCCAGCUGCCACAAGUGGUGAUGACCAAGUGGAUUCAGUCCAGACUAAUAUCAAAGAAAUUGAACGAAAAUUGAAUGCAAACAAGCGUGAAUCGAUUAAUGAACUUUGCAAAGCAAUAAAUGGAGCUACAGACUGUACAAGCAAAAUCUAUGAAGGUACUGAAGAUGACCAAAAAGUAAUAGAAAUUGCUCUUAACAAAAGAAUGCUAAACGAAGAUGGAACACUUAAUGAGCAAACUAAUAAAGCUUUUGAAGAAAUCUGGGUUUAUUUGAAAGGCUGGCUAGGAGAUUAGAUUAGAUUAGAUUAAUUAACUAUAGCGGGUCAUGGAGGUUUAUUUCAGCCUCUACCCAGCACUGCCAGCUUCAAGCUCGCGCCCUAAGCACUGGCUCUGUAGCUCACUCCAUUUUUCUGUCGACGUCACCAAAAAAUGGUGACGUCGCCAGAUAACAGGGAGGCUCACCUAGGUACUCCUUGAUCAGGGGUCUAGUGACCCGGUGCCGUCCUUUCCGGGGAGGGAGAAAAGUAGCCUCCCGGAGUCUCCUUCAGGUCCCCGAAGCUCCCCACAUAAAGAUCUUCCUCACUUCCCUUCUGAUCCUGAAGUUUGACUCCUGAUGCAUCGGCUCUGGUCUUCUCGCCUUUAGAGAGGUAAAAAACCUUUGUCGUGGUGUCCCGACCAAGGUAAAAAAACCCACCCUGGAUACAAUACCCAGGCCCCGUUUACUUCUUAGUCCCAUAGUCCCUGAGGGUACAGGAGAAGGACGGGUCGGGUGGCUCGCCAUUUUAAUUGUGUAGGCUAGGAGAAGACAUGCAUGUAGUCAAGACUGCCUUUAUUGAACUUGCGAAAAAAUCACCUUUUGAACUUUAUAAGAACCUUGAGCAGAAAGGGAUUGAUUUGUGGCUGCAAAAUGGGCUAAGUGUUGUAGCAACUCCUCUUCCACUAAAGCAGCUUGAAGCUAUUGUUGAAUUUGCUGAGUAUAAAAUCUGCCAAGAAACGAGGGCUGCACUCUACAUUCCGCCAGCUUUUAUUAGAUUCCCAAUCGAAAAAGUCAUUAGUAUCAACUAUCAACAAGAAUACCCUUCAAAAGAAAUACGUGACUUGCCAUUAGCUGUUAUUCGUUAUAACUGGGCUAUCAUCAAAGUAUUCAACCAAUAUAUUUCUGAAGCUAUUAGGCUAAGCAAUUUGAGUGAGCAUACUUUAUUACCUAAAAACUCUUUGACUUUAUCACUAUCAAGCGCUCUUACAGAACUUCGAUCUUUGAUUAUGCUUCCCGUGAAAAUCGAAAUGCAGCAAAAUGUAUUUGAUAAAACUGCUGUACAGCGAGAAACAGCUCCAAAAGUGCAGCUAGAAAGACUUAAACUUAUAGACCAGCCUAAAAAAGCCUCAAACUUCUAUAAAUCUUUAGACCAGCUUAAAGAUAUCAAUGCAGCACUUCUUAGACCUCCAAAGCCUCAAGGAAGCGAUCCUUUCAUAGCUUUUGAAGUUGUCCUUAAAGGUGAGCUGGUAGUAGGAGAAGCUGGACCUUAUCGUCAAUUUUUCGCUGAUGUCUCCAAAGAAAUCCAAAAUCCUAUUUCAGAACUAUUAUGCCCAUCUCCAAACAACAAAGAGCAUUUCGGUGAAGGAACAGAUAAAUAUGUAAUCAGGCCAUCAUCAAAUUCAGCUACCCACCUUCAAAUGUAUGAAUUUUUAGGACUGCUUAUGGGCUGUUGCGCUAGGACUGGGACUCGCAUGACUUUAGAUCUUCCUUCAUUCUUUUGGAAACCUCUUGUAGGCGAAAACCUGAGGGUUGAAGAUUUAGCAUUAAUUGAUACACCUGUCUAUGAGAUGCUUAAACUGAUGGAAAAUGCAAGCCAAGAGCUAUUUGAAGAGUCAUUUGAAAAUUUCUGUACAAGACUGUCAGAUGGCUCUGUUAUAGAUCUCAAGCCAAACGGACAUAAUAUUCCAGUCACUUAUGAGACUAAAGAUGAGUUUAUAGCGUUAGUGCUUAAUGCAAGAUUUAAUGAAUCCUCCAAGCAAUCACAAGCUAUAAGAACUGGGCUAGCUAAACUUGUCCCAUUAGGCCUGCUAAAUCUUGUAACAUGGAGACAAUUAGAAGAAUGGGUAUGUGGAAAGCCUCACGUAGAUAUAGAAUUGCUCAAAAGACAUACUCGCUACAGUGGAGGACUCACUGACACUUCUCCUCGAGUAAUUUGGUUUUGGGAGUCCAUGAAAGAGUUUUCACCUGAAGAGCGUCUCAAAUUCAUCAAAUUCAGCUGGGGACAAGAAAGGCUGCCGUGCAAUGACGAAGACUUCGAGAGGACCAACACCAGGCUUAUGAUCAAGCCAGCUAUGAACGCUGAGCACAAAGAUGGAUCUUUGCCAAAAGCUGACACUUGUUUCUUCAACUUAGAAAUUCCUGACUACUCAUCAAAAGAAAUCUUAAAAGAAAGACUCAGAUAUGCCAUAUUAACUGACUGUGAAAGCAUGAAUGCAGACAACCCUGUAAGUGAGCAGCAUGAAGCAGGAAUGAACAGAGAGGAACAUUUUUCAGGAGACGAAGAAUAA